AUGUCAGGGCGACAAACUCGGUCAAAAAAGAGCGGACAAACAGCAAGCAGCAACUCACAGCAGGGCUCCACUGAACAACCAUCCGUGUCUGCCCAAGGGACAACGUCAAACGGUCAUGGGAAGCUUCCGAAGGGCCGCGGAGGCCGCAAGACAGCACUGACGUCCUCGGGUCCAUCCUCGUCGCAACCUGGAAACAUGCUCGUCACAGGUCUACAAUCUCCUGUAGAGGCUCAGGCUCCCGGCGCGGGUGCACUGCCGCUCCAAGUCACAAGUUCCCGACAUACCUUGGCUAUCGAUGCUCAAGGCAAGCGCAAGCGUGCUCAGUCUGACUCUGUGGGCGCCGAUGCCAUCACUAACGAAGCGAAGCCCGCCAAGAAAGGUAAACGUCUUCCUGCUGCCCAAGAAAGCAUCCGUACCCCGACCACCAAGACUUCGCAGGGCCAGAACAAUCGGAAGACUCGUGGGCGCCAAAACAAGAAGGACGCCGAAUCUGCGACGCACAGCUCAUCAAGACCCCUCACUGCGUCCGAGGAGUUGAGUGAGAGCGAGAUCUUCCUGGCGCACGCAUUGGUCCCCCGGUCUGACAAGAUGCGCGCUGCCAAAAGCCCCAGUGUUGAGUCCACGAACACCGUCGCACGAUUGACUCGCCGGACUGCAAAAUCGUCUCAGCAGCCUGUGCAGCCUGAGGACCCUGCCGAACGCGAAGACUCUGAGAGCAGCCUCAGUUCUCUGGGCGGACGUACUAACACUGGUGACUCCAGCGAAGAUGCGAACUCUGGGGCUGGUGAUGACCUGGACGAAGACCUGGAUGUCGAUGAUUUUGCCGCCUCCUUCGACGCCGAGCGCGUGUCCUGGAACGAGGAAGUCCAAAAAACGGUACCGCUCGAGCUGUUCGACCGCUCCUCGGGAACGGAGUUUGAGGAUGAAGAAGAAGACAUGUUGAUCGAAUCCGGACGCCCCGAUGGCAGCAAAGAGGAUGGUAGCGAAGAGGUGGACAGUGGAGGUGGAGGGGGACAUGGGGAUCCGCUGGCGGCGUGCGAGGGCAAACGCCGGGUGAACAAGGCACACACCAGCGCCCUCAAUGACCGCCAACGCAUCGAGACACCCAUCUGGGCCGAAAGCCCUCCUUCGAUCCCUGGUGCCUCGCGUACAGGUGGCAGCAUUGCAUCAACCCCCACAUCUUUCGCACCCGUAUCUGCCCCGUCUCCCCCUACCCAAGGAAGCAGUGCGGCUCCCGACGCCUUAUCCACCCACACUGCGGCGGUCCCAGCCCCUGCGCGCACGCCGCCAGUUCAAGCCGCCCCGCACGAUGCACUCCUCACUCUGCCGCUCCAAGACAGUCCUGCCCUUCAACCCCCGGAUUCCAAAUGCUUUCCCCCUGGCUUCUACACACUCAUCACGGCCGUUCCAGGAGGGACUGUGCUCCUCAAUCCACAGCACCUCCAUAUCCGUAGCAUGGUCAAAACUGCCAUUCGUCGCCUUGAUGUCUUCCUAGUCGUGGACAACGCGUUUCCGGACCAGCUUGCCGCCGCGCGAUUCAUCGGCAUCGCACUUGUUGAAGCCUCGCAAGGUCAUGGAUAUCUAGGACUAACGCAGCGACUCAGAGAGGACGAGGAUUUCUCGAGUCGCCUUGUUGUUCUGACCAGGCAGCGUAUAAGUUCAUUCCGUCUAGCCAUCAAGAAGAUCGCCGAAUCCAAUGCGGAGGCUCAGUACAAUUUGUCCGCUUCCCCAACAACUGCCGAUCGCAUCGCUAUUCUCACCAAGUGGCUGGUAUACAUAUACCCAUUCACUGAGCCAGAGGGCAAGCUCACGGUUCCUUAUAAUAAGCCUUACAUGCACGAGUGCAUCGUCAUUGUACUGCGUAACAUGUUCUUCGUCGGGCCGCGCUCUUUGAUCAACUUGUCUCCGGAGAUCUUUACUUCAACACUUCCUCAGCGCCCAGACGAGCGCGAAGUCCCUAUGGUCAUGCUCGCCCUGGUGGGUACCGCGAUACAUGCUGCCCUCUCCGGUUGGAGGCUCGGCUUCCUCGACCCGCAAGCAUUCUCUGCCGAUGCAUAUGUUGAUGCGUACAAUGAGCACAUCACUCUUCUCACCGGUAUCAAAUCCCAGAACGCGCGUGGAUACCACACAAUGAUGCAUCAUCUCUUCACACGGGCCAGCAAUUCUGUCGCCCCAAGUCUCGUUACAAACACCUCAAAUACUGCGUUGUCUCAUGUCGACUUCUCGGCGAUGGAAAUAGACUAG